AAACUCACUACAUGCCCUAAUUCACUCGCUGCUGUGUUGCCGCGCUAUUCAUUUGCGCGUCGAUUGUUCGCGUUCAUGGCUGCAUGAUGCUUCGAUUAUCUCUCUCUUCCUCUCGCCCUCUUUGCCGACUACUCUAAUCACCUCUUCGAGCUCAUCUUGGGUAGCGCCCUGAAAUUCUGGAUUGAAUAUUCCCUAAUAUCUCAAUGGCACCCAAAUCGCGCAAUGUCACAGCCAAAGCGUUGCAAGCUCUCCUCGUACGCAUCGGGUCAGAAUCCUCGGGAACUAAAGCAAUUCUUCAUGACCGCUUUGUACGCGACAUUCACGAAUCCCGUCUUUUCAAACGUCGACCAGACUGGCAGGCCCGACAAAACAUGGACUCGGGCCGAAAACUCCGAAUCAUGAGCAUCGACAUGGGCAUCAAGAAUCUUGCCUAUUGCGAUGUAGAAGUUGACUACCCGUCAAAGGACAGCCUGAAUGCGACGAUGGAAGUUCUCAGAUGGGAGAAGAUCGAUCUCGUCAAAGCAAGACGCAAUGUCCCAGAUCGGCUACCAAGUGCUGAAAAGAUCAAGAAGGGCACGAAAGAUGAAGAUGGAGACGUUGAUCCUUACUCACUACCUAUACUAUCUGCGACUGCUUACUCCCUGGUAAGAAACAUGAUAUUGGUUGGAGAACCCGAUAUUAUCCUCAUCGAGAAGCAGAGGUGGCGCUCGGGUGGUGGCAGUGCAAUUCAGCAGUGGACUAUUCGCGUCAAUACGUUGGAGGGCAUGUUGUGGGCCGUGCUGGAGACUUUGCACUCAGAGCGGAAACUCAUGCUUCCGAAGUUGAGAGAGCCGGAGGGAGAGAGGGAUUAUGAGGUUUCCGGAGUGGAUCCAAAGCGCGUGGGGCAUUACUGGCUUGCACAGAAGGCGAGGCAAGCUGGCACAGUGGAGUCAAUUGCAGAUACGCAAGGAGCAGCUUCAGAAGAGGAGGACAAGGUGGUGAAUAAGAAGGAGAUGAGUCGAAGCAAAGCCGAGAAGAAAGCCAAGAUUGCUAUUCUACGCUCCUGGCUUUCUUGUGAUCCUCCUACCACAGCGUGCUCAAUACGCGACACCGCGCCUAGAAUCACCUUCAAAUUUGGCUCGAACAACGCAGAGAGAACACGCCAAGCUCUCUGCUCCCCCUCAAAACCUGCACGGCGUAAGAAGUCUGGCGAUUCCAACAAGGAAGAUUCGGGGAACAGUAUCGAAGCAGAAGCCGUAGGGGAAUCGGAGCUCAAGAAGCUGGAUGACAUCACUGAUUGUUUUCUGCAAGCCGCGGCGUGGGUGAGCUGGGAGUCGAAUCGGCUGCAGUUGUUGGAAGUGCACAAUAGGAGGAGAAGCGAGGAUGGGUCUGUAGCAGAGUUGAGUGAAGAGGUUCUGCUGGAGAUGGUCAAGGAAGUGGGAGAGGGGGGGUGAGCGGAGCUACUCGAUAAAAUAAAAAGCACCAAGUAUCGAACGAUUGAGCACGAUCUUACAAUGUCAAGUCGUGUCAUAGUAUGAUACGGCUACGAAAAUGGGUCCUCGAGCGUAGAGAUGAACAUGGCAUUGCGCUCAUAUCGGCAUACACUGCCAAAGUGUCUGGAAUUACUGAUCAAAGAGAAUGACCAAAUCGUCGUCUUACACGUUGUAGCCAGACAGUUUACCGCCUAAUAAGAGCAAACAGUUGGUGGUAGAAGGACAUCUCGGGCAAUCCCGGACUCCAUCAGCGCCAACCAAGCCAACGCUCCACAGCCCCGUCCAUUCCCUCCAAGACACGUCAGACCUCAACCAGUCACACCCGUUCUUUGUUAUACUUCUUUCACAAACACCCCA